GCUUUACAUUUUCUAAGUCAUUUGAAAGCUUUCGUUUUAAAGUGAUUGGUUUUCCAUUUGGCUAUUUUUCGGCGACAAGAAAACUUGAAGUAAAAGAUGCAUCUGAUUGUGUGCCUCAUAAUUUUAUUUCGAUACGUGAACUCAGUGACUGUCCACCAGACUCCCCCAUCUGUUUCCAAAGUUGUUAGUGACAGUGUGGAACUGAAGUGCAUGGUUGAGGUAGCCAGUAAUGAUUACAUGUACUGGUACAGACAAUACCCUGGGAAGGAACUGCAGCUAUUGUUUUACUCCAGUACUACACAGUAUGUGAUUCCAGACGGGACAGUGGACGGUUUCACCGCGGAACGACCAAGUGCUCCUGUGUUCAACCUGAAGUCCUCCAGCCUUCAAGCGAAUCAUUCAGCUGUGUAUUACUGCGCCUGGAGUCUUCACAAUGUGAAAUCAGAGACUAUCCACCAGAACCCCGCCGCCGUCUCCAAAUUUCCCGGAGAGGGAGUGAAACUGGAGUGCAAUGUGGAGGGCAGCCAACAAAAACCCCAAACGGUUUCUCUCGUUGAUUUGAAAGCAGCUGGUUCCAGUUCCAGACAAGAUUGGACUCUGUUCGCGUUCAUACAGGAAAAGAAUAACGUAAAAAAGAUGUAUCUCUUUCUGAGCCUCAUGACGUUAUUGCCAUACGUGAAGACAGCGAGAGUCGUUCAGACUCCCAGCAGCAUCUCCAGGUCCCUCGGCAAGGCAGUGGAGUUGAGGUGCACGGUGAAGGGUGAGAGUAGCGGUCACAUGUUCUGGUACAGACAAUACCCGGGAAAGGAGCUGCAGCUGAUGUUUUAUUCUGCAGGUGCAGAAAUUGUGAAUGAAGAAGGAGCGGCGGACGGUUUCACCGCCACACGACCGAGUGGCUCUGACUUUAACCUGGAGUCUCGCAACCUGCAGGCGCAUCACUCGGCUGUUUAUUACUGUGCCUGGAGUAUUCACAGUGACUCAGAAGAGAUAGAGCAGCUCAGCAAAACCCCCAAAGACAGCAGGAAGCAGCUGUCAACGACAUCACUCAUACUUUCGUCCUGUUGAGGACAGCCCUAAGUCCCAUCUCUCUUCCCUCCCCAUUUAGAGCGACAAGACAAAUGUGCAGCCGGAGAUUUUUAAAAAGCAAUAACGUCACAGCAAUGAUACCAGAGCGGAGGGAUUUUCACUUUGGAAAGAACUGAACGACGUUGACGAACACUUUGCUCUAUCUAACACCUUCCUGAAAACAUGCAUUUAUUUUUGGUCUCAGCAAAAUUCCACAGGUUCACUAUGUUCUAGUUGAAUAAAUUUCCCGUCGUUCUCAUU